GCGAGCAAGCAACAUCACCUGCGGAGAGAAACGACGCGUCUUUACGCUGGAUUUUCCCCUGUGGCUUUAGAAACAGGCGUCCAACACUUUGCUGCGUUUUUACAAGACGCCCGUCUGAGAGCAUAUCUGAGAACAUUUAUUGUUGCACAGGGAGAGAGAGGGGCGCCCAAAUCUGUCCCUCCUGAGGACGGGACCUUUUGAAGCUCAAAGCAACAACAAUGGACUGCGUUUCCACAGGGAGCACGCUGUCGGAGCCGCGCGGCGCACACACAUGGGACUGUAGCGUUUCCAUCCCGGUCGACAUUUAUCUGUUUACUUGUUGAACAGUGUUUGCUGUGUCGGGAUCUUUAGUCGGAGCCCGUGAUGCCUGCGAGGAACAGGUACAACCUGGUGGACGAUGUGGCGGACUCGAGGGUGCCGCUGCAUAAUGAAGAGGCUUAUCAGCAUGGGAUUUAUUUCCAAGCCAAGUACGUGGGGAGCCUUGACGUGCCCAGGCCCAACAGUCGGAUGGAGAUCGUGGCAGCCAUGAGGAGAAUCAGGUAUGAAUUCAAGGCCAAGAAUAUCAAGAAGAAGAAGGUCAGCAUUGUGGUGUCUGUGGACGGAGUCAAGGUGAUGCUGAGGAAGAAACAGAAAAGAAAAGAAUGGACAUGGGAUGAGAGCAAGAUGCUAAUCAUGCACGAUCCCAUAUACAGGAUUUUCUACGUGUCUCAUGACUCCCAGGACCUAAAGAUCUUCAGCUACAUCGCAAGAGAUGGCUCCAGCAACUCCUUCAGAUGUAAUGUCUUUAAAUCAAAGAAGAAGACGCAGGCCAUGCGUAUUGUGCGGACAGUCGGUCAGGCCUUUGAGGUGUGCCAUAAGCUCAGCCUGCAGCAUGCUGAGCAAGAUGCAGACGGACAGGCAGAUGGAGAGAGUGAUAAAUCCACAGAGGAGCCCAGCAGUAAGGGUCGUCAGCUGACAGGAGCAGAGCAAGGGGAGGAAGGAGACGGUAAACAUGGAGCGAGACAAGGAGGAGGAGAUCCUUCAGCUGGCACUUCACUGUGUGAAAAGGCAGUCAGUGAAAUUCUGCAGAGUCUGGCUGAACUGAAUGUGGUCAAACCUGGACAGACUAUCAUAGACUUUGACCGAAGGUCUCUCUUCACUGUGACAUCCCAAGGCGUUACUCCCAGCAGCCCUUGCUCUCCAUCUCUCACUCCUCUGGCAUCACAGCAUUACCUGCAGCUUCUACAGCAGCAGCUACAGCAGCAGCAGCAGCACACUCAGGUGGCCGUCGCACAGGUGCAGCUGUUGAAGGAUCAGAUGGCAGCAGAGACUGCUGCCCGUAUGGAGGCUCAGGCCCGUGUCCACCAGCUGCUGCUGCAGAACAGGGACUUGCUGCAACACCUGGCCCUGCUCGUGCAGCAGCUGAAAGAGCUGGAGGCCCAUUCCCCAAGUACAACACAGCCAGGGCAGCCACAACAUGAGCCUCAAGCCAAUGGACACAAUGGUCAACAGUCUUCUGUCCCCACAUCAGCAAAGUCUCUGUCUCUAAAUCUGAAGAAUCACUACAGACAGUCCCUGGACCACCUCAUCACCUCCACGCCCGCAUGGCCACUCCAAACCUCCCCCCUCUCCCCCACCCAGGUGGACUGUGCUGAGUCCUACCUCAACCUGCUCAACCUGGAGAACAGCACCAAACCAGCUGCAUCAGUCAACGGAGACCUGGAUUCCUUCAUUAGGGCCAAUGGGACAGCGGACAGCAAGGAGAGGUCCUGCAACGAGAUCGUCCCCUUUACAUCGAGAAACUCCGCCAACAUGGAUGAAAAGAGUAAACAGACAAUUCCCAAACUUGACCCUCCUCCACCCUCCCUGAACCGCAAGCGGGCCAGCAGGACCUUGUCGCCGGGGUCAGAAGUCACAGCUGUGCCCGCACCUGGAGAGGUCACAUCUAAUGAUGCGGCCCCCAGUCGCAGCAGCAGCCUCUCAUUCCCAGACAUCACCCCCAGCUCCCUGUCAUCCGCUGAUUUCCACUCCCUCAGCAACGGUGAGAGCAGCUCCUGUUCAGCCAGCGAGGACUCGGGAGUCCGCUCCGAGACCAAGUCCCUGCUGUCGCCACUGCGUGAUGACGACGACCUGUUCGGGGACCGCGGGACCUUUUUAACAGCCUCCAGUGGCUGUGACAGUCCCCUGGAGGAGAGAGCUGAAGCCGUUCUCUCUCCCACUGAGUCAUGUCCUGCUGAGCCCCCCACCCUCACCUCACACUCGGACACCUAUGAGCACCCGCUGCCCUUCUCCUCUCCUGUGAAUGAUACCUGCCUUCACAUCAGUUUUUCUGAGGAUGAGCUGCUGGAGAGCAGCCAGGAAGACCCUAAUGUCCCUCAGCGGAGUUAGGAGUAUAGGCUGAUAUUCCCCUGGAGACCUUUCACUAUGUUCUUCAAUCAGCUUUUAAUGCAAUACCUACUGUCAGACCUUCCUGUGUUUGCACACUGGGCUCCAUUUCAGGACCUUUAAUUAUUCUGUCCACUUGUGACACAGUACAGACAUAGCAUUGCCAGUUACUGAAAAAUAAUCUAUUGAAUAAAUUAUUAGCCAAUGGACAGAUUUAGUAUUUUUGUAAUGAAAUUAAUGAUCUAAUUUACUUUUUAGUGACUAGAAUGUUAAGCAGAAUACAUGUAGCAAUUCUUGCACUGUCAAAGUCACACAUCAUUUACCAUAAGCCAACGAGGGAACACAUUUUAUUUUUGCUAGUAGUCAACAGUAAAACAUUAUUUUGUAUGAUGCUUCGCUGUGGUGCAAACUGUUGUGGAAAUACCAUUCUCUGCAGAUUUCACAGUAUGAUGAUGAUCAUACAAAUGUUGGUGAUGUUGGGAAGAGCCUCGUCCUCUGAAAAGCACCUGAACGGAUGAUCGAUGGAAAGAAAAGAACAAGAAAGUCAGUAAAAGGAAUAGGGCAAGAUAGAACUGAGCAGAUCUAGUUGUGUUUUGGUUUAUGCGCAUCCACUUGUGGCUGUGCAUAAGUAGAUUUUGUAUUAUCAGAGUUGUGUGGGUUACAGAAUGUUUUGUGCUACUUGUAUUUUGGGUUUUUCAGACUUAAAGAUGUUAAAGCAGUGCUGGAAAAAAAUGAGCAGAAUAGCCAAAGGGAACUUGUAUUCUGUGCUGCAUUGAUUUUGUUUCCACGUUGAAUGAAAAUGAUUUUAUUUUUGAGAAACAAGAAGAAAGCAAGCCCUCAGUGAGCUGACGGCCUUGAAAGCUUCAGAAUGCACCUGUCGGAGUGGAGGGUCUGUUAUAAAAAUGAACCUUCAGACUCAGUGGGGAGAUAAUUGGGGAAUCACACAGGAGCUCGGAGAAAGACAGCUCAGCAGGGGGAGAUUUUCUUUUCUACCUCUCUCUUUGUGAAAUCCCGAAUGAACAGAAAACCUGUUUCAACAAAUUAAGCUGACAUUACUGCCGCACAUGCAAUAUAUAUUGUGUGCCAACUUAAUCUGGAUGUUGAGAACGUUGCUUUAACUUCACUGGCGUAAAGCAAUGUAGAGCUGCAACAAUUAGUCAAUCAAUUAGUAGAUCAGUAGAAAAUUAAAUUGCAACUAUUUCAUCAUAAAAAGAAGUAAUUUUUAAGCAAAAAUACCAAACAUUUGCAGGUUCCAGCUUCUCCUAUACGAAGAUUUGCUGUUUAUAUGUUUGCGUUUUGGAUUGUUGAUGUUGUCAGCAAUGACUCUGGGGAAAAUGUAAUGGGCAAUUUUGACUAUUUUUUCAACAACCAAACGAUUAGUUAAUGAACUGAUAAUGAAAAUAGUCCUUAGAUGUAGCCCUCUGUCAGUAGAUCUAUAUAUUUAUGCAAACACAACAUAUCAUUAAGCAACUGCCAUUAUUCUUAAGUGCUGAAAAUAUACAUGAGAUGAAUAGAGCUGAAAUGAUGAAUUAAUUAGUGAAUUGACAAGUACAAAUUUGUUAAUUAUUAUUUUAAGUUUAAUAUUUGCUGAAUAUUUGAUGACUUUUUUCCAGAUAUUUAGUAAACGGAGUAUCUUUAGGUUUUAACUGAGAUUCUAUAGAUCGAGCAAUUAAUCAGUAGAGAAAAUGAUGAUGUUUUUUAUUUUUUUUACAUCAAUGUGGAAGCAUUCUACUGCCUUGUUAAUAGUGUUUUAUUCAAUUAAGUGCACAGUUGUAACAUAUGACAGGUAGAAGUGACAAUUAAUGGACGUGAGAGGAAAAGCAGCUGAGGUGUGAGAAGAGGGGUGGUGUAACGGUGCAGGUGUUUGUCCCGGACAAACGUUUUUACACCCAGAAACGAGGCUUUUCUCAACGUCACGUGUGACAGGGAGCUAUAACAGCAAUAACACGUGAAAGAAAAAAAUAAUAAAGACGAAUAGUUGAAGAACUUAA